AUGAAACAUAUAUCUCUCAUGCAUGAGUUACCUGCAAUGAAGAUACUUCAGCUGAGUGGCAGCAAACUUUCUUCUCCCUAUCAUUUCCUGAGAUCCCAGAAGGUUUUAGCAGCUUCCCGACAGGUACACAAAAUUUCUGCUCAAGUGCUGGAGAGUAGUGCUGCAGAGGAGACUGUGACCAGCAGCUUUGCAUCGUUCAUCCAUGGAGUCCGGCCAGAGCAUCUGUCUGAAGUUGUUCGUCACCGGAGUAAGAGGAUGAUCCUUGACAGCAUUGGGGUUGGCCUCGUGGGCAGCACAACUCGUGUGUUCAAUAUCGCCCUGCGGUAUUGUCAGCAGCUGUAUGCUUCAAAUGCCGUUAGCUCUGUCUAUGGCAGGAAAGGGUUAAAGCUGUCCCCUGCGCUGGCUGCCUUCACUAAUGGAGUUGCGGCUCACUCUAUGGACUUUGAUGACACCUGGCACCCUGCCACUCACCCCUCAGGGGCUGUGCUGCCCGCUCUUCUAGCAGCUUCACAGAUGCUACCUCCAAGCUCCAAACCCAAUGGCCUGGACUUCUUGCUAGCGUUCAAUGUGGGCAUUGAGGUGCAAGGAAGGCUUAUGCGUUUCUCCACGGAGGCUCACAAUAUUCCUAAGAGAUUCCAUCCUCCCUCUGUGGUGGGCACCAUGGGCAGCGCAGCCGCCACAGCAAAGCUCCUCUCUCUGAAUGUGACCCAGUGUGCUCAUGCCUUAGCAAUUGCUGCCUCCCUGGCAGGAGCACCCAUGGCAAAUGCAGCCACCCAAGCCAAGCCCCUGCAUAUCGGCAAUGCCACCCGCCUGGGGUUGGAAGCGGCGCUUCUGGCUGCUCGGGGGAUGGAGGCCAGCCCCCUCAUCCUGGAUGACAUCCCCGGGUGCUCCGGAUUCAGCGCGUUCUAUGGUGACUAUCAGCCCAAACUGCUGCCCCUGCCAGCAAACAGCCACGAGUUCCUCUUGGAGAAGCAAGAUGUCGCUUUCAAACGUUUCCCAGCCCACCUAGGGAUGCACUGGAUUGUGGAUGCUGCUGCGUCAGUCAGAAACUUGCUCAUCAACUAUUCCGGCUCCUUCUCUCCCUCUCUGAUCCGUGCCAUUCUACUGAGGAUCCCGGUGUCCAAGUACAUCAACAGGCCCUUCCCAGAGUCUGAGCACCAGGCUCGACACUCCUUCCAGUUCAAUGCCUGCACUGCCCUGCUAGAUGGCGAGGUGGGCCUCAACUCCUUCACUGAUGGCUGCCUCCAUCGGCAGGAGCUGACAGAGCUGCUGGACAAGGUGCUGGUGGAGCACCCUGAAGACAACGUAGCCAACUUCGACAAGAUGUAUGGGGAGGUAGCACUGGUCCUGGAGAAUGGAGAUGUGCUGACAGGCAGAUGUGACACUUUCUAUGGGCACUGGAGAAAGCCCCUAAGCAGAGAAUCGCUCCUGAAGAAAUUCCAAUCCAAUGCGUCUCACGUGCUCCCAGAGGACAAGGUGAACAGCAUCAUCACGACAGUGGACAACCUGGAGAACCUGCCAGACAGCUCCCAGCUGGCCUCCAGCCUGUAAGAGCAAGAUGUUUGAGUGAAGCAUCAUCACAUUUGAACACUAAUUCUCUUCUUUCAAGGACAAAAUCUUUCUAUCAUUCAAAGUGAACUGCAGAACAAAAAUGAAGUCCAAGCACAGAUUUCAGUGCCUAAUAACCCCGUUAGCCAGGCUGUGAAAGAGUGAGGGUGUGUGUGUGCGUAAGAGAAAUAAGUUUUAAUGAAUACUUGGUGCUGCUUGAUUUGCUGAAGGUAUCCCAGAACAUGCCAUUACAAAUACCCAGAAGUCUCAUUGAUCUCCAAGAAUGAUGCAUUCUGGGAUAUCUGUGAAUUAGCAUCCCUAAUAGGGGCAGAGUAUUUUUCCCCCAAAAGAUUAAUUAAAACUUCUUUCAGUUCAGAAUGCUAUCGUAGUCAGUGAGGAUUCUCAACACCAAAAUUUGUGCUUAUCUUAAUGUACACCUACACAGUCAACAUGUGGAACUCUUUGCCACAGGAUGUUCUGAAGGCCAAGACUAUAACAGGGUUCAAAAAAGAACUAGAUAAGUUCAUGGAGGAUAGGUCCAUCAAUGGCUAUUAGCCAGGAUGGGCAGGGAUGGUGUCCCUAGCCUCUGUUGCCAGAAGCUGGGAAUGAGCAACAGGGGACGAAUCACUUACCUGUUCUGUUCAUUCCCUCUGGGGCACCUGGCAUUGGCCACUGUCAGAAGACAGGAUACUGGACUAGAUAGACCAUAGGUCUGACACACUAUGGCCGUUCUUAUGUUCUUACACUUCUCUUAAUGUUCACGUCUGCUCUUCCAGUCAUCUUUUAGAUCGUUAUUAGUUAGUUCUGCUGAUCAAACAGAAAAUAUAGCAGCAUUAGGGUCAACAGCCAGGUAUUCUAGACCCAACAAAUGAUCUGUAAAUCUAUUGAUCAGUGUCAUGUAUGAUGAUUUAAACUUUGAUUGAACAAUCUUGCAUUGUUUCUGGUUACUGUUAUAUACUGUAUGGUAAGACAUACACCACUCUUUAUAUACGGAGAUAUAGGAAUAUACAAUGUGUACAACAUGCUUAUUGAACAGACAUGGGAUUAUUGAUUAAUGUUACAUGUUUCCAAUAUGCUCUUCAUGCAGGCAUAUUUGAUAUCACUUGGAUGAAAUUACCUGUUCAGAAUAUUAUUACUUGGUGAUGAUGUUGUUUAGCAGACCUAAGAUUUUGACAGAGCUAGAUUCUCUGCUGUAGUUCAGGACAUGGGCUGGUUCCAAACUGGAGCCUUUGUCAGCAUGGGGGGAUUUCAUGGAAACAAAGAAUUUCCCCGCCACUAAUUUAUUUUUCAACUGUCUACAUUGCUGCUAAUCCAGACUGUUAUAUGUCAUUUUGUUUAUACAGCCCUUUCAAAAUAAAGACUCGAAGUAC